CAUCCACUCUGUCUGUUUACUUUCUCCUCCUCAACUGGAAUCUUUCUUUAAACAGACAAGAGAUGGAGGACACGCAGAAGGACCAGGCUGUUGUGAUAGCAGAUGAUUGGCCGGGUUAUGAGUUAGAGUUGUUCACGUAUCCGGAGCAUUAUUGCGGGGAUGUGGAGUGUGUGUACAUCCCACACGGCGUCAUCAUGAACAGGAUCGAGUGUUUAGCCAGAGACAUCCUGGAGGACGUGGGUCAUGAGAACCUGAUGGUUCUUUGUGUUCUGAAAGGAGGCUAUAAGUUCUGCGCUGACCUGGUGGAGUCCGUUAAAGCACAGAGCCGGAGCUCCGAUCGACCCCUCACCACCCGCGUGGAGUUCAUCCGCCUCAAGAGUUACCUGAACGACCGCUCAACUGAGGAUCUGCACAUCAUUGGCCCAGAGGAUCUCUCCAUGCUGAGAGGAAAAAACGUCCUGAUUGUUGAGGCGAUAGUGGACACUGGGAUGACCCUGAAGAUGCUCCUGCAACACGUGGAGAAGUUCCAGCCCAAGACUGUCAGGGUGGCCGGCUUGCUAGUGAAGCGGAUUCCCGGCAGAGCUACAACACUUCCAGACUAUGUUGGAUUUGUCAUCCCUAACCGCUUCGUUGUUGGUUACGCUCUGGACUACAACGAGUACUUCCGAGACCUGAAUCACAUCUGCGUGAUCAGCGAGAGGGGAAAGCUAAAGUAUAAACUGUGAGAAACAGACAUGUGACCAUGUGGGCUUGUUUUCAUCUCACACUGAUAGAAGUUAAGUUACAAGACUAACAGAAGCUCAUUGUGAUGGACCUGUAUGUGCAUGAAGUGGGGAUUUUAUAGUGAAAUCACUUCAGACUACAGACUUAAACGCUUCAGAGGUUAAGCAAGAGUUAAGGGGAGUUUUGGGGGAGUUUGUCUCUAACAGAGCCGUGUCUCAGUUUCCUGUAUUUCUUUUCUUGAACUUUAAGUCAAAGUCCAGCAUCACUAUCUGAUAAUUACAACAUGUCCAAGUGAAAUGUACCUUUUGGCUGUAAAUACGCUUUAUCAGCUUAUCUUUCCAACUGGUAACCUUCUCCACAUAAUACAGCCGG